GGAAUGUCUGAAACUGCGCAGAGCAAAAUCGACCCUCGAGCCGGGGAAGACAGCGACACGACAGUCCUGGGUAAUUCGAGAGCGGCGUCACAAAAGACAAAACAUUUCACUGCAUUUCGUUUUAAUUCAAACCCGCAGAUCCAGAACUAAGAAUAUUAACCGACGUUUAACUGGUGGCGUGUGAUUUCAAGAACGCGAGUCACCCCACGAGGACAAUAAAUCAUUGAGAAAACGAGCAGGAGUUCCCCGAAGUUUCUCAGUAUUCAUCAUGGAGGAGAAGAAGGAGGAGAGCGAGGCGGAGAUCCACGAGCACGGACCAGAGCACUGGUUCUCCAAAUGGGAGCGGCAGUGCCUCGCGGCGGAGGCCGAGAGGGAAGAGCCUAGCGAGGAGGAGGUGGACCAGAACCAGGAGAAACUCUGGCACCUCUUCCAGAAUUCGGCUACGGCGGUGGCUCAACUUUAUAAAGAUCGAGUCUGUCAUCAGCAAGGACUGUCGUUGUGGUCUCAGUUUCAGAACGCUGCAACAGCAGUGACUAAUCUUUACAAAGAGAGCGUUGAUGCACACAAGAGGAGCUUUGACUUGGGAAUCCAGAUUGGUCAUCAGCGACGUCAUAAAGAUGUUUUGGCCUGGGUAAAAAAGCGAAGGAGAACUAUACGAAGGGAGGAUUUGAUAAGUUUCCUCUGUGGUAAAGCACCACCACCAAGGACUUCUAAAACAGCCCCCAAACUGACUGUCAUGUCUCCUAACCGACCACCUUCAUCAGACUCCGUGUCAUCUGUAGAGACUGAUUUACAGCCCUUCUGUGAGGCCAUAGCAUUACAUGGUCUAAGUGGAGCGAUGGCCAGCAUCAGUGUCCGCCCCAGCACUCCUGGCUCUCCGACUCAUGUAAGCGGCAGCUCCAAUGCAGGGCGCAGGAGGAAUGGACUUCACGAUGUGGACUUGAACACUUUCAUAUCAGAGGAGAUGGCCCUCCACCUUGGCAGCUCAGGCACCAGGAAGCGGACCUCGGUCCAGUGCUCCGAUGUCAUCACAGACUCCCCGACCCAUAAACGCAACAGAAUGCUCUGAACUCAGUUGUUGUUCUGUAUGCUUUGUGCUGCUUAAAAUAAAAGCCGCUUGAUCCUCAA